UCGGAGGGUGGGCAGCGGGUCCUGAGGUGCAGGCUUAAAGGGGCCAUCUCCAGCCAACCCGGGCGCUAUUCAAAGUCAUGGAUGCUUCCCCUUGGAGAGGGUGUAUAUUAUACGUGCGUGUGUAAAUGCAGUGUGACUCUGUGUGUGUUAGGUGUCUCUCCCUCUGUGUGUGUAUCUAUCUGUGCCGUGUGUUCCAUGGGGUUUGUCUGGAGUCUGCUGCCCAUUGCUGCCUUAGGCACUGGGGAGAAAUAAUCCGGCACAGACUUUUUAUGAAUAUUGUUGUCAGAACGAUAAGGGUGUGGGUGUGUGAAAUCUAUUUUCCAACAUGGGGCUGCAGCGGGAGUGGUGGGAACAGGGAGCUUUCGGGGGAGGAGGAGAUGGAGCAAACCCUUGGGGAGACAGGUGAGCCUGUAAGGCAGAGAAGCGAUGGCUCCGCUCUCUCACUCCGCACCCCACCCCUCUCCCGGGCCAGGAGUACUUGGGUGCUGCUGAAGUUGCCCCGGCUGCUGCUCUGGUUUCUUCCGACUUGAUUUCUUGGCUCGGGGGGGGGGGGGAGAGGGAAGGGAGGGGUGUUUCUGGAACCUCGAUCCCUGCUCAGGGAGCCGAUCCGGUUCUGCCGGCCCCUCUGCACACCUCUCCCCGGAUCCGAACCGCGGUAGCUCUUGUGUUUUGCCAAUUCAAUCCGCUGCAGGAUUGCAACUCCACAGCUGCGCUGCUCGCUCUAAAACUCCCUUGUAUCUUCCAUAACUGGGCUGGACGCAGAAAACACGGCAAGUUUGUAAAGCGCUGGUGGCCGGACACGGGUCCCUUGGAGUCCCCAGCUCUGCCUGUGGGGUGGCAAAGCACCUGGACACCAGUAGAGAGACCAGUUCGCUCUUGGCAGCCUGAGCCUACCUGUAACUUCAGAGAAUGUUAUGGAUAUUGGAUUAGCGAACGAAAAGACCAACCAAGAGCUGUCGUCCUAUUCGGGUUCAUUCCAACCCACCCCUGGCAACAAGACUGUUACCUACCUGGGGAAAUUUGCUUUCGAUUCCCCGUCCAACUGGUGUCAGGAUAAUAUUAUCAGCCUCAUGAGCGCUGGGAUUCUGGGGGUGCCCCCUUCCUCCAGUGCCAUCACCAGCACCCAGACCUCUACAGCCAGCAUGGUGCAGAACCAGGGCGAGGUGGACCAGAUGUACCCUGCGCUGCCCCCCUAUUCCUCCUGCAGUGACCUCUACCCGGAGCCAGUGUCCUUUCACGACCCCCAAAGCAACCCAGGGCUCACCUAUUCCCCCCAGGAUUACCAAGCAGCCAAGCCAGCCUUGGACAGUAACCUCUUUCCCAUGAUCCCAGACUAUAACCUCUAUCACCACCCCAACGAGAUGGGCACGCUCACUGAACACAAACCCUACCAGAGCUUGGAUCCCAUUCGGGUCAACCCUCCCCCCAUCACCCCGCUGGAGACCAUCAAAGCCUUCAAGGACAAACAGAUCCACCCCAGCUUCGGCAGCCUCCAGCAGCAGCCCCUCACCCUCAAGCCCAUCCGGCCCAGGAAGUACCCCAACCGGCCCAGCAAAACCCCGCUCCACGAGCGACCCCACGCGUGCCCGGCCGAGGGCUGCGACCGGCGCUUCUCCAGAUCCGACGAGCUCACGAGGCACCUGAGGAUCCACACUGGCCACAAGCCCUUCCAGUGCCGCAUCUGCAUGAGGAGCUUCAGCCGCAGCGACCACCUCACCACCCACAUCCGCACCCACACGGGCGAGAAGCCCUUCGCCUGCGAGUUCUGCGGGCGCAAGUUUGCGCGCAGCGACGAGCGCAAGAGACACGCCAAGAUCCACCUGAAGCAGAAGGAGAAGAAGGCCGAUAAGGGCUCCUCUUCCUCCUCCUCCUCCCCGCCCGUGUCCUUGGCCCCGGUGGUCACCACCUGCGCAUGAGGUUCCCGCCCCGAUCCCUGGUCCCAGUGCCUCCCAAUUGCUGCCUUUAGCAAAAGCGCAAACAUGGGGAUCCCUCACCAAGGAACAGUUGGCAGUGCGCGUACCUCCCCUCCCGUCCCUGCUUCACCGGGGUGGGGACUUCGCUUUCAAUCGGAUCGUCUUGAUCCGAAUCGGCUGCGGGAGGGGCGGGGGAGCCCCCCACUUCUCCCAGCGGAGCGUAGUGGGGGGCGGGUGAGGGGUUGCAGGGCUGUGAUGUGCCAGCUGUGGAAAGGCAUGCGGUGCGAGCAAGGGUGGUGGUGACGGUGUCGGGGAAGCUCCCCGCUCCGAAUAUGCGCGCCCCCUUCCUCCCCCCCUCGCUACUCAUUGGAGGUGGCGGGGGGAGCACCAAAGCGCAGUGCUUGCUGCCCGUUGAGACUGUGCGUCCCUGUGUGUGUAUGUGACUCUGAGCUGAACUGGGCUGCUUCGGUGUCAAACCACCCCCAAAGGACUCUGGACAAUGGAGAGAACCAAGCCACCUCUUGGACAUAGUGGGGACCUUGGGUAUCAUUGGAAUGGGUGGCCUUCCAUCUGAUCUAAAUGUUUCUUACAGAAAUGCCUAGGAUGCUGCUGCUGCUGCUGCUUCUGGUCUCCUGCCCCCCUCCUCUUGGAGCUGCUUCCUUUAUGUUUUCCUGGUCUCUUCACUACUUGUCUUGGAGGCACGUCCUCUGAUGUGCUGGAGAAGGGAUAUGGCUUGGGAUCAGCUCUUGGCUGCUCCAGAUUUAUCUUCAUGGGUUUAUUUUUUAAACCGAUUUCCUUUACAGGUUCAUCCUCUGUCUCCUUCCUCCUCACCUCUUCCACCCAAAGUAUCCUCCCUUCUGGAAGGAAGAAAGAAAGAGGCAAUUCCCCCUAAAUUUCACCAUUUCACUCCACUUGGUGUUUUAGUUCAUGUCACAUUUAGUAGAAAAACCCUUGGGAAGAGAGGGAGAAACAUCUUUCUCCCUUUCAUCUGGAGGAGAAGAGGUUGUUGCCAUUUCUGUUCUUGUUACCAUCUCUACAGCAGUUCUGAAUUAAAAUAUAAUAAAAAAUAUAUACAGUAUGUAUUUGUUAAUGUCACUAUUGGCUUUCUAGUACAGUACCAACCAUAUAUAAAGGUAUAUAAGUAUUUACAGCUUUAAUGUUUUAUUUUUGGAGAAGAGAAAAUAACUGUGAGGAGUAAAAUUUUACUCCAAACUUUCCUCCAAAGGGAAGAUGGGGGAUUUGUAUUCAACUAAAAUCCUCUUUUAUCACACCCAAAUCCACCUCCCAGUUGUCCUCUGUAAGCAGCUCUGAAUGUACUUGCUCAAUUGAACCCUAAGAAAGAGGGGGAAAGUGGAGCUGCUUAGCAGCUUUCAUCAAAGAUCUGACUGAAUGUACUGUUGUUACCUAUUCAAUCUUUUUCCCCUGUGGCUAAUAUACUGUUGGGGUGAGGGAGGGAGGGGGGAAGUAAUUGAGUUUACAGGAUGUCUGAUUUAAAGUCACUUUAUGCAUCUUUUCGCCCUUUAUUUUUUUCCCAAAGCAUCACUUUUCUGUGGUGGAUUUAAAUGGACUAGCUAUCUAGAUCUUUAAAAAGAAACUAAAAGGGAAGUGGGUGAUGAAUUUCCAGGUACUUCUUAGCUUAAU